UUCCACCUACAAUUGUUUACAAAUUUUGGGAAUGGCCCUCCAUAUUCUUAUUUUCUGAUUCAUAGCACAUUAACUUGUUUUGCUCCGAAUACUCGAAACUUCUGAAUAUUUACUCACAUGUUCGUUGUCAUAUUUGUGGUAAGCCAUAAAUAAGAACUACUUCCAACUAAAUAUAUCGUAGGCCAUGAAACCUUGAUGAUUGUUAGCAUAAUGUAAUCAUGUCACAAUAAAUCGAUCGACUUGGACCAUUUUUUAAAGAUAUAAAAACAAAGAUAAGCUAAUUGGAAAUCAUAGUCUCAGUUGCACUCAGCCUGUAUACAUUUGAUAAUCAUGCGAUCCAUAGCAUUUGCCCUAGUGAUCUUUGCCGGUAUCCUGGCCUAUGGCAAUGCAGCUCCCCAGGUGAAUUUGGGUUGGCUGCAGGCGGUCCUGGCAGAGGCCGGUCAAAGGAAUACGACGGUUAAGUUUGGAAACAACACGGUGAUCAUUACGGGAGUGUCCAAUGCUGUUGCCAACAGCAACGAGGGAAAUACUCGCCCAUCUCAACAACAUAACCCAUGGAACAACAAUUGGUAUCCGUACUAUUACAACGGUUACUAUCGCAUCAUGCCCACCAUUAAUGGUCAAAUUGUCGAGGGUCCACAGACCAGUGUAGAGGAAUCCCACGAGAUUUCCCAAGAGUUUUCUCAUGAGAUCUCCCAGAGUGACGAGGAAUCUGGCGAAGAUCAAUACCAACAGGAGGAUCAAACUGAAGAGGAUGAAGACGACAACGAAACAGAUCUUUCAGAGGACCAACUUGAUGAUCUAGCAGAGGAUCAGCUCGAUAAAGAGGAAGAGGUGGAAGAUGGGCACCAUGACCAAUCCGAGGAGGCUGCCCAGGAAGACAACGAAAAUGACGAUGAGCUGAUCGAUCCCGAGGAAGAUGCUAUUGACCAGGCUCUAGAUGACAUCGAAAAAGAGAUAGCCGCUAUGGAAAAUGAAUAGGCAAUUAGCCCUAUUGAAAGUUUUCAUAAAAAACCACUAAAUGUUACAUUAUUUUCAUUUCAUAUUUUUGGGAUCAUUCAUAAAUAAAAAUAAACAGU